AAACAGUACAAGUCAAGUCAUUUUAACGAGCCCUUUAAAGUCUCAUAGAGAAGGAGUAUCGAUAUAUUUCAUCUACAAAUCGAGAAAAGCUCGGUUGUCCACUGUUGUUUGCCAAGUCUCCACUAUCGGGGACUUGACUCAGCAGUCACUCACAAUGCCACUGAAUGAUGAACGUCCCACUUCCACGUCAACGGUGGCCAGUGAGGAGCAGAGCAGCGACACCGAGUCGUCGGGAAGGUGCGACAGUUUGACCUCGUCCAGCGACGUGGACUUUUCUCGCCAGAGCUUCACCAGCGAUUCGUCCAGCAAACACAACUCUCCUUCCUGCAGCCCACCAAAACCAGUAACGCUUGACGAGGUCAUGGCCUCGGCCCGGGACCUUUCUAAUCUGAGCCUGGCUCAUGAGAUCGUAGUCAACCGAAACUUCCACAUUGAGCCUCCAGAUCUACCUCAAAACAGCCUUCAUAAGAUGGUUAAGGACAUGGUGCACAAGGCCUUCUGGGACUCUCUUGAAUCUGAGCUGAACGAUGACCCCCCUGAGUAUGAUCACGCCAUCAAACUACUGGAAGAGAUCAGAGAUAUCCUACUGUCCUUCCUCAACCCCGGGGCCAACCGCCUGCGUACUCAGAUUAUGGAGGUUCUAGACAUGGACCUGAUCCGCCAACAGGCUGCCAACAAUGUAGUUGAUAUCCAGGGCCUUGAGUCUUACAUCAUCAAUACUAUGGGCAAGUUCUGCGCGCCGGUCCGAGACGAUGAAAUCAAGAAGCUUAAGGAGAACUCAAGCGACGUUGUGAAACUGUUCAAGGAGAUCUUCCGGGUGCUGGACCUGAUGAAAAUGGACAUGGUGAAUUUUACCAUCCAGAGCCUAAGGCCAGAGCUUCAGAGGCAGUCGGUAGAGUAUGAGAGAGCCAAGUUUCAGAGCAUUCUGGAAAGAACUCCCAAUGCUUUGGACCACACAACUGAGUGGAUCAGAUCCUCAAUAGAGGAGGCCACUCGAGUCAUGCCACCAACACAGAAGAGCAGCAAACCCUUACCAGGGCCCACACUGGUGCUAGAUACUGCCUACAUAAGUCUUCUGACCUGGGACGAGAACAAGGGCCCUCUGCCUGAGACUAUAAUCACAGACGAAUCGAGGUUGCAGGAGAUGCAGCGCUCUCUUCAGCUGUAUCAAAAAGUUGCGUCUGUUCUGCUGAUAGUCUACAGCUCAAUAGGAGGAGCCGUGUCGGGCCUGCCCGCUCUUGUCGAGCGACUUAAGAAGAUGACAGCAGUGCUGCUGGAGGGCAUGCAUAGAGCAGACUUCAACCUGAAUGAAGCUCUUAGUAACGUCAGCGCUCAGAUCUGCUCUGAGGUCAGCAAGUCUUUGGCUGAAAGAAACCUCCCAGCCCUCUCGACUGAACUGCAGGCAACUCUAAAGGGCCAGAUCUGUGACAUCACCCAGGAAAACAACCCAAUACGCACUCUUGUUGAGGGAAGGGUAAAGAUCUACUUCAGGGUGGUCCUUUCCUCUACCAACUCUCACAGGACACCCCCUCCCGUACCGCCAGGCUUGGGUCUGAUCCAGCAGGAGCUCAUGGGACUGGGGGUCAGUUUUGUCAACCUAGUCAACUUCAACAAAAAGGUUUACGGUCCUUUCUACGCAAGCAUCCUGAAGAAUCUACUUUUUAUCAACACGCAAGAACCAACUCUGCAAAAUGGGAUCACACAGGGUUCAGCCAGCAGCCCACUGGAGUCCAAAUAGACAAGGAUGCUUGUUCUGUUCCCCGUUAUCAUACCCAGACGUGUUUCCAAGGGAGUUCUUUGAUGAUUGAUUCUAGGGAUUCACUCUUGCACAAAGAAGACUGAAGAAACUAAAAAAAAAAAUUAAAAAAAUUAAGAACAAUUAUGUGGUAUGGUGCUUAAAAUGAAAAAGUAUGGAUUUUCGUUCUUUAUGAUGCUACAAACAAACUAUGUUGUUUUCCAAGUAAAUUUUUUUUGCAUAUCUCUAACUGUAGUUUUAACUUGACAGUAUUACUGCAAUAGAAAUACAGUCGUUACAUAUUAUUUAGGUGCAAGACAUAUAUAUAUAUAUAUAUAUAUAUGAAUACAGCUGUUAAAGACAUAGCCAAAUGAACCCAAUGUAUUUACAUAGACAAUUUACAUACAUUUGAGAAUGUGCAUUUAUUAUAUCCGUUUAGAGAUACCUGUGUAUGUUGUAUCCCAUUUCCAGAUUCUACGACAGUAAAAAUAUGUUUGGAGCAUUUUAAAAUCCAUUGGUGACUAAGUGAAAUUAUACUUUGUGUUUGGUACACAUUUUUUGAAAGUAUUGUAUUACAGUUGCUAACUGUAUUUAUAUUUGAAAAAAAAUUUUUUUGAAAUGGAAGAAACUUGAAAUUACUUAAAGAGGGAGAAUCAAGAACUCUGACAAGAAUAUUUGAACAAUAGUUAAAUUGAACAUUUUUGGUCCUGGUAGUGUCAUUUAAUAUAAUUAUGACUGCAUGAUUAUUUGUUUUCCUUUUUUUCCCUUUUAGACAUCAACAUUUGGAUUAGUUUUGUAUGUCAUUGUGCUUUGGUUACAAGCAUGUUUAUUUUAUUAAUAAAACUUUUAAGGGGAUUGUCUUAUAUAAUGUUAUAUAAUUAAAUUGUUGAUAGCUUUACUUUACCUAUUAUCAAGAACCUUGUAUUGCUUGGGAUUUCUUUUUCUUUCUUUUUUUUGUGACAAAGUGAAUGAAUGACAUUUUUGUGUGAAAAGCCAUUUUCAUAAAAACAUGACAGACCUUCAAUUUAACAAUUUUGAAAAAUGUAUUGUUUUCCAGAUGUAUGUAAGAACCUUAUAAGAACAAAACAAUAUAUGUAGUGUGACAAGCACUAAAAAAAUAUAAUAAAAUAAAGUGUGAAAACUUA